UUCUUAUCCUCUUGGAUGGGGAAGUAUCUUGCAAAUCUCUUUGGAGAAAAAGAGAAAAAGCAAAAACGAAAGAACAUAGCUGUUAUAAAACUCUUUGUUAACCAUGUGUGGCAAGUUGGAGAUGAUGUUAAUGGUGACCAACCAUUGCAGCACAGAGUCACCCUUCAGAAUGUGGAUAGCACUGAGACAAUUAACAUCACUUCUCCCGAUGGCCAAAGCUAUGGUCAGAACCGGAGUUUCCUUAGAUCAGUGCAUGGAGUUCUAAACAUCAUAGGGUGGGGAACACUACUACCAAUUGGAGUAAUAAUAGCUCGGUACUUUAGAGUGUUUCCAUUUAUUUGGGACAAAGUUUGGUUCAAUAUCCACGUUGGUUUCCAAUUAACUGGUUUUCUAAUUGGCACUGCAGGUUGGGCUAUUGGUCUUAGUCUUGGAAGAUCUUCAGAGUAUUACACCUUCCACACUCAUCGAACCUUUGACAUUCUCAUUUUCACAUUUAGCACAAUCCAAAUGUUGUCAUUUCGGUUAAAGCCAAAGAUUACUGAUAAUUAUAGAAAAUACUGGAAUAUGUACCAUCAUUUUCUUGGCUAUGGACUACUUGCAAUCAUAGUCAUAAACAUAUUCAAAGGGAUUUCAAUGUUGAAAGGAGGAGUUGGAUGGAAAUGGGCAUACAUUGGAAUCAUUGCGUUUUUGGGUGCCAUUAUACUCACUUUUGAGAUUGUCACAUGGCUACGUUUCAUGUUGAAGCUACCAGCAAUCUCAAUUCCACCAAAAGAAAACAAGACUAAUAAUAAUCCCACACAAAACAAACAGUAGCCAUGCAUGUACACAAGAGGCUGCAAAAAUCUUGCUUUCAUAAUGUGUUCUUUUUUUC